CAUGAAGCGGAAGGUUGAACCUACAAGUCUCAAAAGGAAACCAACAGGGAAUCCUGUUCCACAAAAACCAGACCGCCUGAGGUUACCUAUGUUUGGUAAAUUACCAGUGUUUCGACCAUUUGGCUCAUCCUCCACACCUUCUCCACCAAUUUCGAAUGAUUUCCCCAGAUCUCCCUCCCUUUCAAAUGUUACUUUUUCACCGUCUCCAUCACCCCUCCACAAAACACCCUCCCAGACCUCACUCAAGUCAUCAAAAAGUGAUUUAACAAAGUCAGAGUCCCUUAGCAAUGUAUCAAAGGUCACUCCAAAAUUAGAUUUAUCCAAAGUAUCAUCGAAAAUUGACUGUGGAGAUAAAUCCCUCCUUAAGAGGCCCCCCUCUUCAUCAUCAAUUGACUCAGAUGGUGGAACCGUCAGUCCUCGUGGACUCCUUUCCAAGGCUGCUCCCUUUCGUAAACCUGUUGCACCUACCCCUUUGAAGUCCACACCUCGGAAGAGUGAUGCAUUCCAGGCCAAGUUACCAAUUGGAAGUGCUGGCAAAAGUGGAACAAACAGGGGUGAAAGAGAAGAUAAAUUAUCUAGUAAGGAAUCCUCACCAAGGUCAGAUAUGAAGAAAGCUUCAUCUUUCGUUGAGGCCAGACCAAGUCCUCGUUCUGGCCGAGGGUCGAGUGGCGACGGCACUAAGAUGGGCCGCUCAGGGUCACAGAUCUCUCUCCCAAGCCCCCGCACCCCUGCCUCGGGUACCGGGUCGGGGGUAGGUGGGGGCACACCAGUCGGGGGGACUGCGGUCGAGGGUGUUCACAUAGCCUGUCAGACCGAACAAACUGGAUUUGUAGAAACAUUAACUCCUCAGUAUACUCCUGGAGCUCCAUCCAGUGCAAUGCAAACAUUAGAGGACAGAGCUCAACUUAUUCAGAACCAGCAAGAAAUGGAGAAUAUGCGAGCUGAAAUCAGGGAUCUUAAUGAAAAACUGGAGACUUUAAGAGUUAAGCGGCAGGCAGAUAAGGAUAAGCUCAAAGAAGGUGAGAAAAUGAAAUUGCAAAUUGAGCAGCUGAUAGAAAAUAAGACACGUCUUAUGGAGAAUCAGGCCCAGCUUCAGAAUGAAGUAAAGAAGGCAAAAUUAGAAGCCAGAGACGCUUUAGAUGCUAAAGAUCGUCAUAUAGAAGAAACACAAGAACUGUCUGAGAAUGUAGAGAUGCUCACAUUAGAUAAGGAGAUGGCUGAAGAAAAGGCAGAAACAUUGCAAUUAGAGCUUGACCAAGCAAGAGAAAAAGUAGAGGAACUAACACUUGACUUGGAGAUAUUGCGUACAGAAAUGAGUAGUGGUGGAGCUCCUGGUGAAGGAGGAGUUUCUUCAGUGCAAGUUAAGCAGCUAGAACAACAAAAUUGUCGGCUUCGAGAAACAUUAGUAAGGAUGCGAGACUUGUCAGCACACGAUAAACAUGAGUUACAGAGGUUGCAGAAAGAUAUGGAAGCCAGGAAGGUUGAAUUGGCUACCAUUACUAGGACAAAUGAAAAACUGUCCACUCGAGUUUCAGAGCUGGAGCAAACUAUAUCAGAUCUUCAAGAGCAGGUUGAUGCUGCCUUGGGUGCUGAAGAGAUGGUUGAAACUCUCACAGACAGGAAUUUGAAUCUGGAGGAGAGGGUUACUGAGUUACUUGAAACAGUAGCAGAUCUUGAAGCUAUAAACGAUAUGAAUGACCAGUUACAAGAAAAUGCAAGAGAAUUGGAGUUAGAAUUAAGAGAAGAGUUGGACAUGGCCAAUGGGAAGAUCAGAGAGGUGUUAAGGGAACGUGAAGCAGCAAAUGAAAUUAUUGUUGACCAAGAUACAACAAUUAAAAAGUUCCGAGAGCUUGUGCAAAAACAGCAAGAGCAGAAUUUGGAUCUAAGACACUCUCUUGAAAAGGAAACUAACAAACCCAUAGGAACACCUUCAGAAAUCAUUGAUUUCAAGAAAAUGUUCACAGAAACAAAAGCUCACAGCAAGGCUAUUGACAUGGAACUUAGACGACUUGAGGUUGCACAGGCAAACCAGCAUGUAUGUUAUCUUUCACAGUACAUGCCUGAUAAUUUCAUGGCACGAGGAGGUGAUCAUGAUGCUGUGUUGAUUUUACUAUUUGUUGCCCGUAUGAUUUGGAAGGCUGACAUUGUUGUAGGAGCUUUGCGGGACAAGUAUCCAGUCCCUGAGAAUAUUGACCGUAAUGCUGUUUUGAAAUCACAUUCUGUUGAACAAUAUGCUUUUUCAUCACGACUUUUACAGUUGCUCUACAGUCUUCAGGCAUUACUGCACCAAUACCAGUAUGUUCUUAACUCCUGUAGCAUGGAAGUGUUUUUGAAGCUGGGAACCCUGUAUCCAGAGAUGGUUUCACAUGAACGUAAUGUUGAUUUUUAUGUUGAUCUCCUAAGAAAAGAUCAGCUUGAUGAAAACAUACCAAUGGAGACCCUUGAGAAGACUGUUGCGUACUUUUCAACGAUAUACCAAGCUCACUUGACUGCUGAAAAGAUGGAACAAACUCUGUAUCUGACUGAUGUUAAUCGUGUAUUGUCGUCAGCUACAGAUGCCAUGUUCACAUACUGUUCUGCCAUUUUAUCAAUGCUUCAUCCUCAGCACGAGACUCAUGAUGUAUCUUUAGUAUAUAGGGAUGUCAGUUCAGUCAGCAAAGAGUUACAGGCCAUGGUGAAGAGAAUAAAGCGUCGUAUGCCACAAGAUGGGUCUGUUGGACCUUUAUCCUACCCUCUGGAAAUACAAGAAUCCUUGACAGCAGUCAUGACACAAGUGAACAAUGCUGCAAAAGUCAUCAGACAAGUUUCAAAAGCUUGUAUGCAGCAGACAUCUUUGUUAAUGGAUGCAGAAAAUGGCAUAAUGGGUGAUAAAUUGAAGGAACUGACACAUCAAGCAACAGACCUCAUAUAUGGAAGUGAAGACUUAGGUCCAGAAUCACUACGACUUUCUCUUCAGAAAGCACAAAGCGACAUGAAUAAGAUAGCUAAUGCUCUUGAAAAGGGAGAAUAUGAUUUUGAUGGAACCAUAGAAGAAAAGUCUGUUCAGCCAGUAACAUUGAGAGCUCAGGCUGUUAAGAAUGAAAUGAAAGACACAGAGCAUCUCAAAUAUAAGUUAGAGAAUAAGGAGCAAGAUCUCAAGGAUAUCAAGUUGAAUCUCAGGCAGAAGAAUGAAGAACUAAGUGAGAUGACAGUUCGACGUGAUAUUGCAGAGAAAAAAUUAUCUACAGCUACAAGGGAUGCAGAUUUAACCAUUGAGAAACUUCAGCGCAAAUUAGAUGAUGCUCUGAUGAUGCUAAGAAGGAAAGAAAAGGAGUAUGAUGAAACCAUGGACCACCUCCAGAGUGAUAUUGAAAGUCUAGAAAAUGAAAAGGGAGAAUUACGUGAGAAAUUGAAAGCCCUCAAUAAGAAGAAAAUCUAUGAAGCUAUUUCCCAAUCAUUGCCAGGUGGUGUGUCCCCAUCAUCACCUACCACACCGUCUGGCAGUAACCAGCCUCCGUCAGUUGGUAGUGGUGUUGUUCGUGAUUCUCCAAUGCUGUUACAACAGAUACAGGAUUUGAGAGCUGCUCUUGCUCAUGCCACAGCUGCUUCUCAUUGUGCUACUGCAGAACGAAUGCAACGUCAGUUAGCAUCACUUAAGCCAUUAAAGGUCCAGAAGCUGGGUGCACCAUCUGAAGAAAAACGAGAUGUUGGUAAAGAUGAGAAAGAAGAAAAGGAGACUAUAGACCAUAUUAACAACUUGGCACGCAAAACUUCUCAAAUUCAGAAGGAGCUGAACGCUUUAAUUACUGGAGUUGAAGUGGUAGAUCUUUGUAAACGUAAGCCAGGUUCACUUCCGACCACUGAUUCAUCUUCACCGGCCCACCAUCUCAUUAAUCAUAACAAUAAGAUAAAUCAGUUACGAUCACAAAUACAGGUGUUGCAGGAUGAAAUUGUUCGAUUAGUAGCAACAAGCAAGACAGGUGGAUCUGUUUCUACUGCAUUCACAACUUUCCCAACUCCUCAGCUUGCUAAGGCAAUGGAUGAGAAGGAAUUGACAUGCAUAGGACGAGUAACUUUCCCAGGAGGAAAGGGAGAGAAAGUUCUCCCAACAGAACCAGUGCGUGUUUUCCUCCAGCCUGAUCACCUACAAAAACUCCAUCUUAGACUCUUAAAAUAAGGAUAAGGUGCUGAUUUUAUGCCCAUUUUCUUUUGAUUCUUUCAAGGGUAAUUAAAUGCACUCCCCUUGGAAUUGCUUUAUGAAACUAAAUGUAAAUAAUCAAAGAAUAUUAUUUUGCUUACAGUGUGGAGAGGCUCAUUUUUUGGUGUGUUAUCAUAAAUUCAAGUUACAGUAAUGUUGGAACUAGGAAUGAUACUAAGGAUUUUCUGUACCCUCAGUGGUACAGAUGGGCAAAAUAUAUCUGUGAUGAAAGAAUUUUCCUUAUAAAUAAGGUUAAGGAUAAAAUAUUAUUUUUGAAUAAUGUAAAGCAUAUUCAAUAUGAAUUUCCAUGCUUUUGAUAAUACAGUGCUGCUUUAGCAAAAAAUAAUUUAUUUCGAGACGUUGCCUUGUUUCUUAGUUUAGUAGAAUUGGAAUAUAUUUUAGAAAUUAUUGUCUUUUGUAAAGCUUUUUAUGCCAAAGACACUUUCAAUAUCUUUGUAAUUUUUCGUGUAAAAUGUCUGGUUCCCUCUGUCAUCUUUCCCUAAUCAUCAUAUGUAUUUGUUUGCAUUGUACGGAAGUCUCUUUGUGGUUUUAAACCUUGUUUAGUAAAUAUAUCCUCUUGGGAUCUUUGUCCUGUCAUUGUAGGCUUGGUUUCAUGAUGUUCUCUAUUGUGGAGUUUUUAGGACUAUACAAAUGUCUGUAAAUGGGAUAAUAUAUGUAAUUUUUAAAGAUAUCUUUAUUUAGAUCCAUAUCCUUCGAACAUUAUAUAUGUUUUCGCUUUUCUUUGUGAUUUGUGCGAAGAUAUUUACUGCACAACAAGAGAAAAGGGAUUGUCCUUUUACAGAGUUGCAAGGUUAUUAAUAAAAUGCUAUCAUAGUCAUAGUCACUUAUAACAGCUACGUUACUUAAUUCAUAAAUUAUAAACCAGCAUUGUUGAAACACGUAGAAAUGUUUAAUGAUUUUCCAGUCAUGAGUAGUAACUUUAUUAUGUUUGAAAGAGAACUUUAGACAGACUUCAAAGCAGAGCAACUUUUGGCUUCUAAAAAAAUGUAAUAGAAAAUAUUAAAAUGAGAGAUGAGUGUUGGUAAUCAGUUUUGGAUGUUAGAGGCUUGACAGAACUUGGAGGCUUGACGUUAUGGAUCAUUUUGUAAAUAUAUUUGAAAAUGUUACGUCUCCUGCUUCUGUAGAUUGUGUAGUAAAAGUAAAAUUAAAUACAAUCCACGAAUUAGAUCUCCCUCAAAAGAUGAGUUUUACAUUUUUCAUAACUGGAAAACAGUUUGGUUUUGUUAUAGUAGGAAAUGAAUGUGUUCAUGUUCCCCAGAUAGAUAUGGUGACAGAAAGCUAACAAGAAAUAGAGAGAUUUUAAAAUUAUUUUACGUCGUCUUUCAGUCACCUUAUUUCCAACCAGAGCUCCAGUCCUAGGUUAGGGGUAGAAAAGCAUUUUAUGUUACCUAUUAAUGGUAAUAUGUUAACAAUAUACAUUUUAAAGUACUCACUCUCUGAAUGUUCUAUAUUAUGUAUAGAAUAUUAAAUUUCAUGGUGAUGGGUAUGUGUAAAUGACAACUUUUUAUUUUGAUCAAAUAUUUUCAACAGCACUAGUACAGGUUAGCUUUAUGUACAAUUGUUGUAAUGCAGAUUAUACUGUAAUAGUAUAUAGUGGCAUAUGAAGCGCAUUAAUUUAUUAAAAAUUCUUUUAGCAUUACUAUUUCCAUACUACUUUAUAUUUUGAGAAUGAAAAAUAAGUUGACUUCAGACUAUAGAA